AUGUAUCAGUCCAGCCAACAGACGCCCCAGCAGCAGCAAGUCCCUCUCUCCCCGCAUCCCUACAAAGUCCCCGCGCGAAACACGAGCAGCGGAAGCGGAUCGACACCCUUGAACGUCGGACUCGCGUCUUCGCCCUCCAACUUUGACCUCGAACCGAUCACCUACCCCGCGCACCUCGCCCAGACGCGCCCGCCAGAAGUUGGAGGUAUCGUCCAGCCAUUGACCGCAGGAGCGACCGGAAGCAGUACGGCCACGAGCACGUCUGGAGCCGGAUCCCCCAACACCGCGACCGGAGGAUCAGGCGCGACUUCACCAGGCGCGCCAGCAGUCCCCGUCCGGUCAGCACACCGCUACCACCGCGACAUUUCCGCGCUCGGCUCGGGCACCGCUGCUCUCGCUUCCGCCAUGAAUCUGACGACCUCUGGCCUGGCUGCCAACGCGGUCAACACACCUGCCGCGCCUCCCAGCAACUCGCAGUCGGCUGCGACGCCAUCCAUUGGUGGAUCCGGGUUUGCGUCCCAAAACGGCGGCACGAUGGGUGGUCCUUCCACGGCGACGUCGUCUUCUUCGAUCGCACAGUCGCAGCAGCAGCCCUCGAUGGGUGGUGUGUCGCAGGGAUCAGGGGACAGCACCCCGACGGUCGGGCCCUCUGGAAGCGGCAACCAGCCGUCGGGUGCCUCGCGAUCAUCGGCUUCGCGCAAGGCCUCGAAUAACGCCUCGAGCAGCGGCCGGAGAGCCGCGAGCGGAACAGCGACCGGAGCCGACAAGGACGGCGAGGACGGUAGCGCCGACGACGUGCAGGGCAAGCGCCGCGGCGAGGGUGGAGUGAGCCGGAGCUCGCGCCGACCGCCGAAGGCCCGGGAGCGCGACCACGCCAACGCGGCCAACCUCGAGGGCGAGGGUGACAACCUCCUGUCGCCCGUGCUGCCCACGGCCAAGGUGCCUCGCGCGCCCGCAUCGGCAAUGUACUUCUCCCCGGUCGCUGCCCACGGGCGACCGCCCGGCCAGGCCCUGCGCGCGCACACCGGAACGCUCGUGGGUGAUCGGAUGUGGUUCCUGGGCGGUGUUGAUGCGCGCUCGUGCUGGCGCGGGGUUGCGUCAUUUGACACCGAGUCGCUGCAGUGGUCCACGGUCGAGACGCACGGCGAGAGCCUCCCUCCGCUGCGUGCGCACACGACGACGCUCGUGGGCGACCAGCUCUACAUCUUUGGCGGCGGCGACGGACCGACAUACUCGAACGACGUCUGGGUGUUUGACACGGUCACGCGACGAUUCUCCCGACCCGUCAUCGCGACGCCGCGGGCAAACCUCCCUCCGCCGCGCCGUGCGCACACGACGGUGCUGUACCGCAACUUCCUGGUCGUCUUUGGCGGCGGUAACGGACAGGCGGCGCUGAACGACGUGUGGGCGCUCGACGUGUCUGAUCCCUCGCGGCUAACGUGGCACGAGUGGCGGACGCGCGGCGACGUCCCGCAGAAGAAGGGCUACCACACGGCGAACCUCGUUGGAGACAAGAUGAUCGUCUUUGGUGGAUCAGACGGACACGCAUCCUUCGCAGACGUGCACGUCCUGAACCUGCAGACUCUGACGUGGACGCUGGUGAACACGGAGGUGAAGCACAACCGACUCUCGCACACCGCCACCCAAGUUGGAAGCUAUCUCUUUGUGAUUGGCGGCCACAACGGACAGACGUACGCCCAGGACGUCCUGCUCUUCAACCUCGUCACGCUUGCGUGGGAGCAGAAGAUCCCCAAGGGCAUCCCGCCCCAGGGACGCGGAUACCAUGUCGCCGUGCUCCACGACGGACGCAUCUUCAUCUCGGGAGGGUACAAUGGUGUCUCGGUGUUCGACGACCUCUGGGCCCUCGACUUAGGCGCGGGCGCGUACCUGCCGCAGGUGACCACGUUUGAAGUCGACGAGAACGCAGAGCACCUUCACCCCCCGGCGCCUCCGAGCAAGAAUGGUUCGAGGAUCUAG